AUGGCAUUACGUGCAUCGCUCCUCGGUCUCACUUCACGACUCACUUCAUCAACAUUGACCCGACCAUUCUCGUCGUCAGUCGCCGCAUUCGCACAACGUGGUCCCAACCCAGCAGUAUCUGAAGCCACCACCAACAACCCCACUACUCCCACCUCUCCCCUUGCCGCCGAUUUCACUACUCUCAAAGAAUUAUCAACCUCCCUUGAACCCUAUGCUGGUCGAUCUAUAGGCAACGUCAACAAUCCCAACGUUGCAUACCGUAAAGUAAACGCCAUUUGCCGCUGGAACAACGUUCAGCGCGAGAUCAGAGCCAACCGUUACUAUGAGAAGCCCACAGUUGCCAGAAGAAGAAAGAACAUUGAACGUAACCGUAAGCUGUUUGGCGCUAUGGUUGGCAAGAAGGUUGCUUUGAUUAUGCAAAUGAAGAACCGGUAA